AUGUCCGCCAUCGUGACCCCUUCCCCCAACAAUCUCAGCCUAAGCGCCACCCCGUCCUCCCUCUCCCCCUCUCCUUCCCCCUCCUCCGCCCCCUCCCGCUCACACAGCCCCUACCCCCCCUCGCACCCUCUCGAGCUCGCAAACCAAGUCGGCGGCCACUCCGGCGUACAGACGUCCGAGGACGGCUCGCUGGUAUUCAAGCCCGCCCUGCCGCUCGAACAUAAAUUCUAUGCGAGUGUACUGCAGAGUGAAGAUGGGGAGAAGCUGGGGUUGGGCGAUUUGAGGAGGUGGGUGCCGAGGUUUUAUGGGACGUUGAGGUUGGAGGGGGUGCAGGAUGAGAGGGGGAAUAUUGAGGAGGUGGAGGGGAAGGAGAAGAAGGAGACGUUGGUCCUGGAGAAUCUCACAACUCCGUUUCGUAAGCCUAACAUCCUCGAUAUCAAACUCGGGACCGUCCUCUACGACGACGACGCGAGCGAAGAGAAGAAGGCGCGUAUGUCGAAGACUGCACGGGACACGACAUCUUUCGAGACGGGCGUGCGAUUGACUGGAUUUCAGGUAUACGAUAAUACGACCUCGAAACCCGUCAAGACCUCCAAAUCCUACGGCAAAUCUAUCAAACCCAGCGACCUCCCCUCCGGAAUCGCACGCUUCUUCCCCGUCCCCUCCUCUUCUCCUUCCCCUUCUCCCUUCACCUCGACACCCGCCUCUCACCCCUCCGACCCGACGUUUCUCCUCCCCACCCUCCCUCAGGUAUCAUCUACAUCUACGCACAACCAAGGUCUCCCUGCGCACCUUCUUCUUCCUAUCCUCGAAGCGAUGUUGCUCGACGUGGAGAUGAUACGCGAGAUCGCGGGAUGUAUCGAGAUGAGGAUGAUCGCUUCGAGCUUUUUGUUCAUAUAUGAGGCGGAUAUAGAGAAAGCGAGGGAGGGUGUGAAGUGGAUGGAAGAACAUCCGAGUGGGCUGGAGAGUGAUGACGACGAUGACGAGGACGACGAGGACGAAGAGGAGGAGGAUGAAGACGAGAAGGCGAAGGAGAGGCCUGGUCCGCCGUAUAUCGUCAAGCUCAUAGACUUCGCGCAUACGAAGUUGACGCCUGGACAAGGGCCAGAUAAGGGGUUGUUGAAAGGGAUGGAUACGGUUAUUGAGUUGUUGGAGGGAAGGAUUGAGGAGGUGAAGAAGCUCGUGGAGGAAGAUAAGACCAAGGAAGCGGCGUCCUGA